UCCGAGCCCUUUGGGGUACCCUGAACCCAUGGGCCAUGCCGGGUCCCUUGCCAGAGACGCCACCCAGCAAGGGCUUGGCAGGGGACACGCUGUUGGAAAUAGCACAUGGCGCUGACACCCUGUCUGGGGUAGGCUGGGCCCUGGGGAGGGCUCAGUUCGGCCUGUCGCCCUGCCCCCAAACAGAGGCUGGGAAGCAGCUGUCGGGGUUGGCGGGGCUGCCCCACCUGCCGGGACGCUGACUUCAUUCCCCUCCGCGGCCGCUUCGCCGUCUAGGAGCCCCCUUUCCACACCGGCUGUCCUUGGGCGGCCGCCGCCUGUUUGGAUCAGCUUUAAAAUCAGCCUCCCCCACCUGUCUGCAUGGCUCCCCGGCUGCCCUCCACGGCACCCUCCACGGCACCCUCCACGGCACCCUCCCGGCUCUGGUCAGGCUUGGUCCCAACAAGCACGGAUGAGGCAUGCUGUGCCAGGCGCUGGGGAGCCCGAGAAAAGUUGGUUGUGGGGUCUGGACCAGGGGGUGCUCGGAGCCGGACGGGGAGGCAGGCGUGGAAUCCGGGACGCCCGCGGCCGUGCAGUGAGCAGUAUACCGACGGUUUGGACCCAGUCAUGGCCGGUUCAGGCAGCACGUGGCCAUCGCGCAGCCGUCUGUCCCAAGUCCCCCUGCUGGUCCUAGUGGCCCUCGUCCUCCUGCACUCAGCAUCGUCCGAGCCCUCCCGAGACUUCGUGCCGCCCGGCAGGCAGAAGAGGGAGGUGCCCGCUGACUUCCUGAGCCAGAUGGGCCGGUCUGUGCGGGGGACCCUGGAGGCCUGGAUCGGGCCGGAGACCAUGCACGUGGUCUCUGAGACCACGUCUCAGGUGCUGGGGGCCGUCUCCUCAUGCAUCUCCGUGGGCUUCUUCGCGCUGUCGGGGAUCGCCGCCCAGCUGCUGAACGCCUUGGGGCUGGAUGGAGACCACCUCACCCAGGUCCUGCAGCUCAGCCCCGGGCAGGUGCAGACCCUCCUGCUGUGGGGCGUGGCGGCCCUGGUCGUCUACUGGCUGCUGUCCCUGCUCCUCGGCCUGGUCUUGGCCUUGCUGGGGCGGAUCCUGUGGGGCCUGAAGCUUGUCCUCUUCCUGGUCGGCUUUGUGGCCCUGGUGCGCUCCGUGCCCGACCCUUCCACCCGGGCCCUGCUCCUGCUGGGCCUGCUGACCCUCUACGCUCUGCUGAGCCGGCUCACGGGCAGCCGGGCCUCGGGGGUCCAGCUGGAGGCCAAGGUCCGCGCGCUGGAGCGCCAGGUGGAGGAGAUGCGCUGGCGGCAGAGGCGAGCGGCCAAGGGCACCCGGGGCCUGGAGGAGGAGUGAGGCCGCCCCGCACCUUCGUCGUCUCCGAACCAAAGAGCUGAGCUGCUUCCGGGGCGCUGGCCCUCCUUCCAGCCCUGCCCCUCGCUUGCCCUGUCUGGACCCUCAGGACUCUUACCUCUGCCCCAGCCCCCCAGCUGAGAGGGCGGGAGACCCCUCCCCUGCUGGUCCUCUGACCCCUUUCUCUGCCCCCAGCCGUCUCCUCUCCGCUGGGCAGCUCGGAAGCCCCCACCCCCAGCUCGUGCUUCUGCUCUCUGAGCAUCACUGCCAUCAGCCGCCCUGAGGCCACCCCGCCUUCCUGCUGCUGCUCGCUGGCUCUCCUGUCCUCUUUGCCUUUGCCAAGUCCCAGCUCCCUCCCUGUGUCCCCUUCCCGCCCUGCGCUCCUACCUAACCACUGUCCUUCCAGGCUGCUCCUUCCCUUCCUGCCCAGAGUGGGAGAGCAGGGCCGGUGGGACUGAGGGGAAGGGAGGUGGGGACAUUGCCCUGUGGGGCUGCGGGCGAGAUGGACAUUGAGUCUGUUACAAGUGCCUUAAUCCGAGCCAGCGGGCCCUGCGCUUGCCUGCUGCCCUGUGCGCGCCCUGGGCCCUGUGCGUGCCGUGGGCCCUGUGCGUGCCAUAGGCCCCGAGCUUGCCGGCUGUCCUACUGUGUGUAGGAAAGUGUGCUGUGGCUGCUUUGUGUCGUGAUUCCCCUUCAGCCGAAGCAGGCUGGCUGCUCCGGAGGGUGCUGGCGAGCAGGCCCAGCAGCGGCUCGGUCCUGGGGGGGGGUGGGGGGCGCGUUCAGGGACCGAAGACGAAGGACUCAUCCUGUCUGCAGAGCUGCAGGCGCCUCCAUCUCUCCACUCCCGCCGCCGAGGAGCUGCUGACCAGGCCACUCCCAUGGCCCGGGAGGGUCGCGGAGC